AAUUCUCUCCAGGUGAAGUGGAGUCUGGUCUGAGGGGCGGGAGUUAAGCUGGAUCCUGGGUGUUGUUGACUGUGUCUGUCCAGGAGAGGAAGGAGCGCGCGGCUGACGCACGAUCCGGGAUCCAGAGCCCGAACCUGAAAAGAGAGACGCGCGCGCACCUGUGACACCACCACACGCGGCAUGUCGGGGGAGCACCGUCGGUGAUCAUGUGCCUUACCGGCACCGAGACGGUGCCGCCUCAGCGGUGAGGAGGAGCGCGAGGAGCAGCAGACGCAGGCAGGCAGACAGGUGCGCCUCCGCCGCAGCCUCUCUCAUUUCCUCUCGCGCCCGUCAAGCGGCAGAGCCAUGGAGACCCGCAAGGAGAGCGGCAAGGCGAGGAAACAGCCCAUGAAGCCCAGAGCGACCAAGCGGAAGGAGAAGAAAUACAAAACCGGGAGGUUCAUGAGGAGGAAAUCGCUGCGAUCUUUCGGGAAUUUCAUGGGAAGGAUCCUGAAAACUUUGGGCACUUUGGCGCACUUUGGCGACGCGGAGAAGCCGGACGCGGAGGACGACGACGGCGGCUUCGGCCAGAGCGCCUCGGGGGGGUUCAAAGACGACGGGGCGCAGGUCUCCAGGGAGGGGACCGUGAAGAAGAGCUCCUCGUCGUUCGGCUCCGUCAAGGACCGGCUGUCGUGGUGCUACGGGGACAAGACCCCCGGGGUGCUGGGGCUGAAGAACCACGGCAACACCUGCUUCAUGAACGCCGUGGUCCAGUGCCUGAGCAACACGGACCUGCUGGCGGAGUACCUCGGACUGGAGCAGUACAAGUCGGACGGGUGCCACCGGAGGCUGAACGGGGAGGUGAGGGGCGGGGAGCCGCACGCCGCCCGGGGAGAGGUGACCGAGCAGCUGGCGUCGCUGGUGCGGGGGCUGUGGACGCUGGAGUACACCCCGCAACUGUCUGUGGAGUUCAAGAGCAUCGUGGCCAAAUACGGUUCUCAGUUUCGAGGGAAUUCUCAGCACGAUGCGCUGGAGUUCCUCCUCUGGCUUCUGGACAGAGUUCAUGAAGACGCCAACUCCAACUCCAACCCCGACAGCAACAACAGCAGCGGCAGCGGCAGCAAGACCAAAACCCAUGUCAAGGGACCGAUUUCAGCGGACAGUCCCGCCAGUCCUGGUGCCACCAGCGCACAGCAGCCUCGAGGUCGACACAGUUUUGUCCAGGAACACUUCCAGGCUCAGUACAGGUCUUCUCUGACGUGCCCUCAUUGCCUUAAACAGAGCAACACCUUCGACCCGUUUUUAUGUAUCUCCCUGCCGAUUCCCCUGCGACAAACCAGGUCGAUGUGUGUGACGCUGGUGUUCAGCACCAAGGGUCAGAGGUAUCUGCGAGUGGGGCUGGCCGUGCCUCUCUUCGGUUCACUGUCCUGUCUGAGAGCCAUGGUAGCAGCAGAGGGCAACAUCUCCCCAGACCAGGUCAUCCUCUCGGAGCUCUACUCAACGGGUUUCCAGCGAUCGUUCUCCGACGACGACGACCUCACCGCGAUCGCCGACAGCGACGUCGUUUAUGCCUUCCAGGCUCCGCCCCUCUCCGGUCGCGGGGGCUCCGCGCCGCACUCAGGGUAUCACCACAGCCUCCCCUCCUCGCCGUACUCCUCCACUCCUGGUCCCAAUGGGCAGAGGCUGCAUCCGUCUGGCACCCUGUCCUCUGAAUACCUGAACCACGGCAGCUCCUCCAAGGUCCUCCUCCUCAUCUGCAACACUGCAGGGUCGGGCCAGCAGGCUGUCAGGUUCGGGCCUCCAUUCCUCAUACUGGAGGACAGAAAUGUCUCCUGGGACCAGCUCCAGCAGAGCCUUCUCAGCAAGCUCUAUUACCUGAUGCUGAAUGGAUCUCAGGCUCAGAAUGCCGGGAUGCUGUUUAAAAUCCGAGUGGUGGGCGGAUCUUCCUCCUAUAACUACCUGUCCCCACAGGACAGCAGGCCGCUGUGUCAUCCUGCUGUUGACAGAGCUCUAAAGUUCUGCGGCCCCGGCGGACCGCCUCACGUGAAGCUGGUUAUCGAGUGGGAACACAGUUCUAAGGAGUGCCUGUUUGGCAGCAUCCAGGAGGAGGUGGUGAAGGAUGCCGAGAGCGUGAGGAACCAGCAGCAGCAGCACCUUCAGCAGCACAGCUGCACCUUGGACGAAUGCUUCCAGCUGUAUACCAAAGAAGAACAGCUCGCCCCGGACGACGCCUGGAAGUGUCCCCACUGCAAGCAGCUCCAGCAGGGUAUGGUGAAGAUGAGCCUGUGGACGCUGCCGGAUAUACUGAUCCUACACCUGAAGCGAUUUCGACAGGUUGGUGAACGACGAAACAAGCUUUCAACCCUGGUGCGAUUUCCUCUGACUGGCCUGGACAUGGCGCCCCAUGUAGUCAAAAGAAGUCAGAGCAUGAAGAACCUGAGCCUGGGGCCAUCAACUCCAUCCUGGAAACAUGCAUCCAGCCAUCAUCACCAACCAGCUGAUAUGAUCCUCCCGCACGAAUAUCUGUACGACCUCUACGCUGUGUGUAACCAUCACGGUGGAAUGCAUGGAGGACACUAUACUGCUUACUGCAGGAACUCUGUGGACGCUCAGUGGUACAGCUAUGACGACAGCAGCGUGGACCUGGUGCCAGAGGAGGAAGUGUGUACCAGAGGAGCCUACAUCCUUUUCUACCAGAGACGCAACACCAUUCCUCCAUGGUCAGCCAGUAGCUCCAUCAGAGGAUCCACAAGUUCAUCAAUGUCAGAUCACUGGCUGAUCAGGCUAACGGGGGACAGUAAGCGAGGCAGCCUGGUGUCUCGUUCCUCCACCACCUGCCCGUCUUCCCUGCCCGACUCCCCAGAGUCUCCAGUCUUCCUUGAUGAUGGCUUUAAAGAGGAAAGAGGAGGCUUUGAAAGCAGGCCAUUCGUCAGGGGCCUUCAGGGGCGCAGCGUGAGCAUGAGAACCCCCAGCAGGAGCAAGGACACCCUGAGCAAAGUGCUUCCCCUACGCUGGUCCUUCGGUUCCAAAGACAGACGAAAACCCCACCCAGUGCCUGAGCCGGAGCAAGAUCCUGCCCCCGCGGAACUCGUACAGUACCUGGAAUCUGGACGGCGACCGCGAUGCACAAAAGACCCUAUUGUGACGCUCAUGAGCGAACCGCGCGGUGCAAAAGCGGCCGCAGAGGGCCGGGCCGCCGCCAACGCUCGUUCCUCAAGCGUGGGGACGAUCAGCUGCAUUGGCAAGGCUGGAGAGGAGCCGCCUCUGCCCCAGGUCCCAGAGGGCCAGCGGCGGCCGCCGGACAAGACGUCCAGUCUGAGACGCAGCAAAAGAGAGGAGAGUGCGUCGAACAUCACGAGCAGCUCGAGCAGCAACACCCUCACCAGGAGGAAGGAGGCAAGGAAGCAGAGCUCCUCCAAAUCUACACAAGAAAUUGAGCCCAAAGGGACGUCCGGCGGCGGAGUUCAGCCCAGCUACAGUACGCCCAGCUUACAGGACGGGACUCUGAGAAGACAGAAGGGUGACAGAGCUGACAGAGAGCCUGAUGGUCCGCAUGAAGACAACUCGAAAGGUAAAAAAGGAGACGCGUCCAAAAGCCACGACGGCCUGCUUUCAUUUUUGAAAGGAAACUUCUUGAAGAAGGAGAAGGACCCCAGGAAGUCCAAAGAGGGUGAAUCGGGGAGAUCAGCGGAUGAGGAGCCGGGCAGGCGGACUCUGUCGAGACUGUCGCUGUCGAACGGAGCAGCAGGAGGGAGAACCCGGGUGGACGGAGCCAAGACGAACGGCUCGGGGCGUCCGGCUGAUGAACUGGCGAACGGCAGGGUGGGGCGCACCGCGGCCGACAUCAAGCGCUCCCAGAGCUCCUCCAGCAUCCCCACCAAAUCGGAGCAGAACAUGCGGAGGACUGCGUCUUUACACCGAAACGGCAUGUCUUCCACGCCUGCACCGUCCCGCAGCCUGACGGCAGACAAGCCGUCUUACGGCACCCUGCAGAGAAACCGCUACAGCACAACCUCACUGGGACGCAAACGGACCGUCCCCGAGUCCAGCUUCUGAGACAUAGAGAUGUAGAACACACUCAUGCACCCAUAAAGCCUUGUACCUGUUAAAACGUGAACGACAUUCAGUCUGAGAUCAAAGCAAUAGAGCUCCUUUCACGCCUUUUAGUUCCUAGAAUUUUAAGUGACUCAAGUUUUGCACCGUGGAGUUGAGAGCGAAGGCGAAAUGAAGGAUCUUUUGAUGCUGCGGCAUUACAAGCAAAGAGAAGUGAUGUAACCUAUAUAUAAAACAUUAGAGGGAGUCCACCUCUGCUCUGUUUUUUUUUCUUCUUUUUUUUUAAUGAUGUGAAACAAGUGCCUGAGCAACUAAUAUGCAGUUUAGACCAAUGAGUUUAUGUCUGUGGUAGCACUGGAAGCACGCGAAUACACACGCACACAUCCAAACAUACGACAUUGUGUCUUAAUGAUGUAGUGUGAAUGAUAAAUUCUUCACACUGUCUUGAGUUCAGCAAACACUGGACGCUGAUUGUGCUCCUCUAUGAGAAUGUAUUGGGCCCGCUCGGUAACUGGAGGUACUUCAGGACUGCAGCUUCUACUUCUGCUCAUAUUUAUUCUCUAACGUUAAGCUUGUUCUAGAGCAGAGUCACUUCCCAGAAAAGACGACGUGUCCCUGUGAAGCUCAGCGGGCCGUCGUUUCAAUCCUUUCCUUAUAGCCGAGCUGAACCAACCUUCUUAAAGAAAAAAAAAAAUGGAAUAAAAAAAAGUGUUAUAUCUGUUCAACUUCACUGCCCCUUUAAUGUUUUACCAUGAAAUUGUAAUGUUUUAAUUUCUUCCCACUCAGCUUCCCUCUUAAGACUUUCUAGGGUUUUUUUUUCCCCCUGACGUUAUCAGCAGUUUCAGCUCUGUGAAGACCACAAUUAGCAAAUUGUGCUGUUUUCUUGAAGCCGCUGCUCACAGAUACUGUCAUUUCAGUCUGUUUGAGCUACAGUUGAGUGAGUUUGUCUUCAAAUUACUUCUCGCUCUGUGACAGCCAAUGAUUUUGUUUUUCCUAACAUAAUGUUCACUAUUUCAUGAAUUUCUUGUAAAAUAAGCCUCACUGUAGUACAGAUAAUCAAUACCUGGGCACAUUAACUAAUACUGAUCACUUUGGUUAUUUACUAUAUACAAUGAUUCCACAAAAAACAAACAAACAUUAAUUUACAAACAUAUAAAGCUUUUCUGUAUGCAUAUACUUAAUUUGUCUCCAGUAACACACAAUGCUUUCUUUUAUUUUGAGAUACCACACCACUUUUCAUUCAGCAUUUACUGUGAGAAUGUGCGAAAAUAGAGGUGAAGAGGUUUUCUGUCGAAAUUAUUCAUGUCCGCUGGCCCACGGGAAACAGAUUUAGAUUAAUUCGCAGUAAUAAUGAGCUCCUCAUUCAUUGUUUUGCCAAUAUGACAGUCUUGUAAACAAAACCAAAUUUUCCAUUUGUCACCUAAAUUGGCAGGGAUUUGCUGCUGUCUUCUGGAAAACACUGAAGCAGAAUCCUCCUCAAGACCUGCAAAAUUAAAGUCACACACUGUAAAAAAAAAAUAGUUAGGACCUCUGCAAAUUAUGAAACGAUGCAAAUAUGUUUGCAGAAUCACUUAAGUUAACUGCCAAGUGAAUGCAUACAUGAGACAGAACAGCAUGUUUUUAGAAGGUCGGAUUGUUCCCUUUGAGAAUCUGACAGAAUGAAGGAGUUUCUAUGCAUCUUGCUGAAUUGUGAUGAAUUCUAUUUUUCGUACUCUUUCUGCAUGAACAAGUAGCAAUGAGACAGUUUGGUGUAAUUACCUUGAGUACAUGCAUUUUUCCGUUUGCAGCCUCAUACUUGUAAAUUCAACGCCUUGCUCAUUAAACGCAGUGGAAGCCGAGCACGUUGAGGUGCAAGUUUAGUAAAAGCUGAGUGUUGAACAUCGUUUCCUUGGCCUUAGCAGCUACACUUAACUCGCCCCACUGUCUUCAUAAUGUGUUUUAACUUGAAUUAUGUGAAAGGUCACCUCCAUCUGCAGUAAUUCAUUCAUGCACUAUGUUUUGCCAUGGUCUCUCCAACGUGCACCGCCAUGCGUUGGAAUUUGCACAUUGUGAAAGCUUAAUCUGCACUUUAUUCGAGGGGAAAUUGACCAAAAUGAAUAACACUACUGCAAAUACAGAAUAUAUGAAGAAGAGUAUAUUUAUAUUUUUAGUAUAUCUUUGCUGCUUGAUUGACGUUUCAUCUUUACACAAGUUGAGCUCAUUUUAUUGGCAGCAUACAAAAUUGGUUCACUUACCAAUACCAGAGUAAGACAAGCAGCUAUUGAUCAUUUUAACUAACAUGACUCAUUUUCUGUCUUGCUUUCUAAUUUUAUUUUGCUGAACAGUCUCUGUUAAUCAGCUGUCGAAUCAAUCAAAACACUUCUCUUUACUUUAUUUUGACUUUGGAAACUCUUUUUUGUUUUUUAUAAACUUGAAGCCUCAAUUCAACCUUUUUUUGUUCCAUAUGUUGAUACAUCACUGAGUCUACCGUAACAGAGCUCUUGUACAAUCUUGAUUCUUUUGUUUUCGGUCAUGUUUGCUGGCUUUUUUUCCCCCUUUGUAGAUAUGUUUGCUGUCUUCAGGCUUUACAUAAAUGCAAAUGAAAAACUCAGACAAGUAAUUGAUUCCUGUUUGUGGCUGUACGGUCAAAAGAAAGGCUGUAUCAAACACUGAACGCUCCUCAGAUGCUGUGAUGUGACACAUUUGAACGCUUAUUCGCCGCACGACAAGCACGCCAGGCGUUUGCAUGUAAUUACGUACAAAUUGCACCUGUUUGUGUCACAUGAACGCAAGUGAAAACCUCCAUUUGUCGUUUUGUUUUAAGCCUGUCACGAUGCCUCUGUUUCGAUUGUCUUAUUUAGUAUUGAGCAAUAUUAACAGAAACAAAAUAGAUUUUUUUAAUGGAUUGACUCUGAUAAUAUUUAGGGAAACCUUCCCAGAAGCCAGUUUUUUAUGCAUAUGGCCAAUCCAUCAUUGUGUCAUUGUUGCUUGUAUCUCACUGAAACAGUGUUGUACCAAUAAUUGAAGUUACUGUUGCUUAACAACAGCACCAGACAGCUGCAUAUUGUCACAACCCAAGUACAGAGUUGAACAUUUGCUCAUAAUAUGAAGUGUAAUGGAGACCUGUAUGUGUAUCUAAAAAAAAUGAAAUGUAUUGUUUCUUAUGUUUUAAUGACAUCAAGCUUAAUACAUAUGAUAUCAGACAUGUUUGUAUAAGUCAUUCAAAUUGUCUCAAAAUUCUUAGAAUAUUUAUAGGAUGCAGUUAAUACUCUAGAUUCACAUUGAGAACCUUUGAGUCUGGUUUUGAGGGGAUUUCUGUGGGAAUUUUGCACUGUUUCCCAAAAACGUCUUGGUUAUAAAGCAGAUAAACCUCCUUCACACACAAUCAUCUGGGAAUCAUACAGUUUUUUUCAAUUUUCUUUAUGCCAAUUUUCUUGAGUUUGAAACCUCUUAGCUCAGUGGUUCUCAAACCUUUCACAGUGCGUACCACCUAAGAAUAUAUUGCGCUCUGUCAAUAACACUGUUAUGGCUGACCUGGAUCUACAGCAACUGAGGCUUACCCUGAUUGCUGUGGAUUUAUUAUUUGUUUUAUAUUUUUCAAUUACUUUGAUUAUUUUAUAUGUUUUUGAAGACAUUUUGUUUAAAAAAAAAAAAAAAAUUGGUCUGUGACUUUCCUCCAUGUACCACUAGAGGGAGCAUGAUUGAGAAUCAUGGUUUUAAGUUGAUUCAUUUUAACACAGAUGAAACAUAAGCAUUCUCUAUAGUGUUAUGCAUUUUUCAGAUAUGCAUAUUUGUUUUUAAAUUCAUAAUUUGGUAGAAAUACAAUGUGACAUCGACGAAUUUUUAGUUCUUUUGUUGAAUUAUUGACUCCUCAUCUGCUGUGAUGAGUUUCCACAAAAUGAAGAAAAAAAAUCAACUUUAUAAAUAUUUAAGUGUUAACAAAACCUUUGAACUCACACACACCUUGUGUAUAUGUGGCUCUACAGACCUAUCUUACGCGUGCAUGUGACGCAUGAUUUCCUGUUUUUCUGUUCAAAGACAACAACAAAGAGUUCUGCUUUCAAAACAGCUCAAACAUAAUUAAGAAAAACAGAAGCUAAUCACCAGGCUCUGGAUGGAGCUCUUUUCAAAAUGUCAAGAGUUCGGUGAUGCUUUGACAGCAGCUGCUGUUUGUCUGCGCUUGAAGUUGACUUACAAAGUGGCUCCUGCACUUUGUAAAAGGCUGCAGUCGCUGUGAUCACCAACCCGACGAAAGAACACGGCAGCAGCACACUGAUUAACAGCUCCACUGUGUAGCGUCACCUUUUAAUGAGUGGUUAGAUAAAAUGACAACUCCACCGCUUUAUCCACACCGAAGUGUGAGCAAGAAGCAGCGAGAGAAGGAUUCGACUUUUCUAACAAACUCAGCUUGAGGUUUUAAAAGGAAUCUAUUUCUGUUUUGAACUUUCACCUCGAGCAGAAAUCUGGCUUUUAUCAGAGAGUCACUCACUGACGGUCCACAUUCAACCAGCAGAUAAUAUUUACGCCCACAAAUUAAAUGAACUGACUUCUUUUUCUAUUUCAGUUUCUCUCCGAGAGCAUAGUGGAAAGCAAUUGAUCUGAGAGAUCAAUGCUGAGUCAGUUACGGAACAAAACACUUAAACACAAAGUCCUUUAGCUUCUGUUGAUCUUCCCGUGUCUCGAUCCACACUGGCCACAUUAUUUAGUGUUUACGCUGCCAAACUGAGCACGUCUGUGUUGACGCCAUCUGCGUGGGUUUGAAGAUGUUUUUAUAUGCAAAUGUUUUCUACAUUUUCUAACGAGAAACUCUGUACACGUGUUUGUGAUUGCACACAGACAGAAAUGUGUGGGUGUCUGAUCAACCUAUGAGGCGACGCGAUUCUGAAGUGACAGGACGAACUGACGUGAUGCAAUGUAUUCCACUGUUUUGCAUAAGGAUGUAUUCAGUAUGCUUUUGAAGCUGAGGUUUCUGUCUGUCUUCUGUACAUGAUGGUAUAUCAUUUAUAUUUGAUAUCUUAUAUUUUCUGACACAAAUAAAAAAAAGUUCUUUACGAUUGUGACCUUU